AUGCCUCGCGGCGAUCCUCCUGAAGUAACACCAGAAGAUGUGUUAGCUCAGAUGAAAGAAAUGCAACCAGCUUUUGAACGGCAAUAUACAGUAAUGGCAACCGAAAUUGCAACUCUCCGAGAGCAAGUCGUUAACCACAAACCUUCAGGUAGUGGUUCCGCCCCUCCCACUCCUGCUCCCAAAGCGGCCAAGGUACGAUUGUCUCCGUUUGAUGGUUCCAACCCCCUUGAGUGGAUAUUUCAAGCAGAACAAUAUUUUGACCUCACGAACACGCCAAACAGUCAAAGGCUCGCCUUGGUUCCGUUCUUCAUGCAAGGCUCAGCUCUUGGGUGGUUCAAAUGGCUUCACUCCACUCAACAACUCUCGACGUGGUCGGCUUUCACUCGCGCGUUGGAGUUACGUUUUGGCUCUUCCUCUUAUGUUAAUCAUCAAGCAGCAUUGUUUAAGCUCCGGUUACGUGCUGACAUUCAACGUGAGCUUGCAAUUUUGCAACCUCACUCCAUUACUCAAGCAAUUGGGUUGGCGAAGUUGGUUGAGGCGAAAAUUCUAGAUUCCAAACCUUCUUAUGCAAGACCGCCACAAAGUGCAAGCUCUCCCUCGUUGCUUGGACCUGCAGGAAACCCUCCGCCGUCUUCUAUACCUAUUCGCCGGUUAUCCCCUACUGAAAUGCAAGAGCGGCGUAGCAGAGGGCUUUGUUUUAACUGCGAUGACAAGUUCAGCCCUGGUCACCGUUGUCACAAAAAGCAAUUUCUCCUGCUUUUGGCGGAGGAAGAGCCACCUCCAGAGCCAUCAACUCUGCUGCAGUUAGACUCUGCGUUGCUCGAUCAGCAGGUUGAACCUGUUGCUAUACCAGUGGUGGAGGAACUGAAUCAGAGUGCUGAACACUUUCAGCUUUCCCAGGCGGCGCUAUUAGGUCCACCUUCUCCAAAAACUCUGCGUGUGAAUGGUCACAUUAAGGAGUUGGGGGUUACAAUUCUAAUUGAUUCCGGAAGCUCUCACAACAUUAUGCAACCCAGGAUUGUUGAGUUUCUGGGCAUUCCAGUUGUGGCACACACUCCCUUUUCGGUGAUUGUGGGUAAUGGAGAUUCCAUUCAAUGUAAUGGGUGUUGUCAAGACGUGCAGGUGAGAGUUGCUGAACAAGAUUUCCACAUCUCAUUCUUUAUAUUGCUUAUUCAUGGAGCAGACCUUGUCUUAGGAGUUCAAUGGUUACAAACUUUGGGUUCUUUUCUAUCUGACUAUUCGAUUCCGUCCAUCCAAUUUACCUAUAACAACAAACCGAUCACCCUCACCGGCUCUACUUCCAUGACCCAGACUGCGGCAUCUUACGCUCAGUUUUGUAGGUUUAUGUUCACCCAAGCCAUUGACUCUAUCCAUUCACUUCACCUUACUUCCUUUGAUAAACCUGAUUCCAACACCACAACCAAAACAGAGCACCUAGUCAACAGUAACAUUGACCCUGCCAUUAAAGACUUACUUCACCAGUAUGCCACCAUCUUUGACACCCCUCAAGGCCUUCCCCCAGAUAGACACCAAAACCAUCAUAUACAUCUAAACCCAAACACUCACCCUGUCAAUAUAAAACCGUAUCGUUACCCGCAAUUCCAAAAAGAAAUUAUGACAAAUAUGAUCCAUGACAUGCUCCAUGAGGGAAUUAUUAAACCAAGUACCAGCCCCUUUUCUUCUCCGGUUUUAUUAGUAAAAAAGAAAGAUGGCACGUGGCGAUUUUGUGUAGAUUAUCGUGCAUUAAAUGCUGUUACGGUUAAGGACCGUUUUCCUAUUCCCACGGUUGAUGAACUUCUUGAUGAACUCCAUGGCUCCUUGGUUUUUUCUAAGUUGGACUUGUGUUCGGGGUAUCACCAAAUAUUCCAUGCACCGGAAGACACUUUUAAAACAGCUUUUCGGAUUGUGGAUGGACACUUCGAGUUCUUAGUGAUGCCGUUUGGACUCACCAAUGCUCCCUCAACUUUUCAGGCUACAAUGAACGAGGUGUUUCGACCAUUUCUACGCAAGAGUGUGCUUGGUUUUUUUGACGACAUACUGGUUUAUAGCAAGGAUUGGAAGUCCCAUUUGCAGCAUCUCCAUCAGGUGUUAGAAAUUUUGGUCGAACACAAACUGUUUGCUAAAUUCUCCAAAUGUGAGUUCGGAGUUAAUCAGAUUGGUUAUCUUGGGCAUAUUAUUUCGGCCGAUGGAGUGGCAGCUGACCCAGAGAAACUACAGGCUAUAGCAGCAUGGCCCGUGCCUACUUCAGUUACAGCCCUUCGCGGUUUUCUUGGAUUGACAGGUUAUUACCGCCAUUUUGUUCGAGGUUAUGCAACCCUUACUAGUUCCUUUACAGACCUUUUGAAGUCCAAAGGUUUCAUUUGGAAUGAGCAAGCUUUAGAGGCAUUCCAAGCACUUAAGGAUGCUAUGAUCCAGUUGCCUACCUUGGCUUUACCCAGUUUUGAACUUCCGUUUGAUGUUACCACAGAUGCUUCGGGUAUCGCCAUUGGAGCAGUGUUGUCUCAAGCUACUUACCCUCUUGCAUUCUUUAGUAAGAAGUUGUGCACACGAAUGAAAUCAGCAUCUGCUUACGAGCGUGAGAUGUUUGCGAUCACGUCGGUUGUGAAGAAAUGGCGCCAUUACUUACUUGGUCGUCAUUUCCGCAUCUAUACGGAUCAAAAGAGUUUACGGGGCAUGUUCUUACAAACAAUCCAAACACCGACGCAACAGAAAUGGCUCACCAAAUUAUUGGGUUUUGAUUAUGAAAUACUUUAUACUCCAGGGCGCAGUAAUGUAGUAGCAGAUGCACUGUCCCGAAUUCCAGAACCUAUAGUGUCAGGACGUUUAUUCAUUCCUUUCGAAGCCAAAUUGCGCUCUCAAUUGCUACAUGAGGCACAUGCUUCUGCUGUAGGAGGUCAUUCCGGGGUCAAAGCGACGAUGGCACGUUUGGAAGCCACUUAUUAUUGGCCCCAAAUGAUUAAGGAUGUCAAGUGUUAUGUGCAGAACUGUGCAACCUGUCAACAGUACAAGACAUCGACGCAGAAACCAGGCGGACUGCUAAACCCCUUACCCAUUCCGGGUCAGAUUUGGGAAGACAUUAGCAUGGAUUUCAUAACUCAUUUACCUCCGGUGCAAGGAAAAACGACUGUGUGGGUUGUGGUAGAUCGGUUAUCCAAGUACGCGCACUUCAUAGCACUACCUGCUGCUUUCUCCGCAUCUAUGCUUGUUGUUGUAUUUUUAGCUGAAGUUUACAAGCUUCAUGGUAUGCCAAAGACUAUUAUGAGUGACCGAGACAAGGUUUUUGUGAGCAAAUUUUGGCGUGAAUUAUUUCGUUUACAGGGUACACCUUAG